GAACAAGCUAAUAAUGAACUGAAUUAAUUAUAUAUCAACAUUCUCUCAUACCGCGGGACGUCAUGGAUUGCAUGAAUCAGCAACAAAUCGCUUUUCCGGACAGACCUGGCGUUUUUCCUGCAUCAUCUACUUAACAUACAGCCAACAUUCAAAUCAACCAUCAAAAGUAUUCCUAAAGCAAGCUUCCGAACGAUGAGCCUCUCACCUGAGCGCAGCAAGAGCCUUCUAAGUUACCUUUCAGGUGCACAUCGCCAGCCGAAUCAAAAAGCAUCAUUGUCCUCGACACGGCAACCCUUCAGCGAGAGGCCUCAGCGCAACAGCACAGGUGUGACCGAUGUGAGAUCCUAUCCAACUUAUACCCCUAGAACAGAUGAACACAGAUACCAGCACCGCCGACACAAGAGCAGCCGAUCCUUGGACUAUCGGUCGAGCUAUAGGGGCGAUCAACUGCCUCAUCAGCCUGAAUCAAAACAUCAGCGCCAAGAUGACCGACGCCAUUCUCACACUAGCCAAGCUGGGAAAAGCACCAUCUAUCUCCAGUCGCCUCUCGAGUCACCCGGGCGCCGAGAGCCCACCCUCGCGGACGCAAGGAAGCACCACAUUGCCCCAGGAAGGUGUCUGAAGCACUGGGACCCAGACAAGGAGCCUAUACUGCUACUCACGUCAGUCUUUGAUACUUUCUCUCUCGGAAAAUGGGCGCUCGGACAGACGGCGCGCAUCUACGGAGAGCAGGACGAAAUGACAGAUCUCGCCACAGAGUUCUGGUUGGAACACCGAGACCUGGGCACAAAUAUCAAGCAUGCGAAGAGCCACUUGCCACAAAUAACGGAUCCGGGUACCCAUGAAAGAGUCAGCCAGUCCAUCACUUCCGGCGGUCAGCUUGUCAAUCAACUCGGGGAAGUACUGAAGAGAUGUGAGCAACGUGUCCUGGAGGUGACGGGCAUAAAUGAGAUCCCAAAGCUCGGCCACAAAAGUGUUGUUGUCUUUAUUGACACCUUUAUCGGCCGCAACCCUGCGCAGCAGACUGCAUUUCGUAACCUUAUACGCAGUAUGAGGACAUGGAAUAACCAGUUUGACGCUGAAUGCUUGAAACUCAUGGCGUAG